CAGUCCUAAGCGAGCGUCAGAGUGCAAUGCCUGCAGUUUGUUAAAAUGAUAGGAUAGCUAAGGUUAGCUAGAUGCUCAUGGAAAACAUGUUGACAGAUCAAGCUAACGUUAGCGGUACUUCAAUUGGCUGAUUUCCGUUGUGAACGUUGCACACAUGUAGUUGCUGCAGAAUAUAAAUACAAGUAAGACUAGGAAUGUAUCGGAAGACACUAGCUUUUCUUCUUAUUUGCAUUCGAUAGGGAAAUAAUAGCUCGCUAGCCAGCUAGCUGUAGAACUUAGACAACCUGGCGUUAAAAAGGUUAAAGCUAGCUUGCUAGCCAUCAUUAUUUGUGUUGUGAUACAGGUUAACAUUGGCUAGCUUCGUAUAGAUGUAACGCUACUAUGCUGAUCUGUGAGGUUUUUUUAGCCACCGAUUAUAGAUGACAUCGUUCAGUUACUAAUGUGUCUAAAUAAACUGUAUGUUAGCGGUUGUGACACUACGUGCCAGGUCUGCAGGUUGUCGUAAUGCUCUAUUUAAAAGCCCAGGUUGUUUGCUUCAUAGCUUGUGGCUAACUAGCAUUAUAUGAUGCUGGCCUGCAACAGCACCUGACAUAAGCCAUGCAAAUCUGUACAAUCAAAAGUUGACAACAUAUUGGUGAGUACUUUGGCUUAUGUAUUUUCCAUAAUCUACAGACAUGUUUCUAAAUGAGCAGUUUGAGUGGUUGACACAUCAGAAAAGAUAUCUGAGAGUUCUGGGUUUGUGUAAUGAAUCAGCAUCAGAAACAGGUUUAUUGACAAGUAGGUUUCCACAUACAAGGAAUUUGUCUUGGUUGUUUAGUACAAAUAAGUUAAGUAUACAAAGGGGGACAAGACAGACAUUUAUUCCACAGAAGAAACAUGCAUAUAGACAAUACAAAUGUGAAUGUAAGUGUACAUAGAAAUAUGAAUUUAAAAGGAAAAUCGUGGAAAUAUGCAACAGCACAAGGUUGCGUCAGUAUGACACAUUCAGUAACGGUCCGUGGGGGUGAAACAGGAGUUGAUGGGCAUUGUUGAUGGGACUGACUGCCGUUGGCAAGAAACUGGUCUGAUGGCAUGAGGUCUUGGUCCUGAAGGACUGCAACCUCUUGCCAGAGGAGAGUUUUUCCAAAAGUUUCUGUUCAGGGUGGGCGGGGUCAGCCAUAAUCUUCCCUGCUCACUUCCGAGUCCUGGAGUGACGGGAGACUGCAGCCAAUCAGCCUCUCAGCAGAUGAUGAUGAUGAUGAUGAUGAUGAGUAUCAGUGUUGGGUAAACACAUAAGCAAGAUGUUGAGAAGUUUACAGACAUCGAGAAACUCUACCUCUACCUUAAGUUGCCUUCUGGACCCAGCAGUGGCACUGAGAAAAGGAGUGACAGCCAGCGCGGGUCAGGCAGCCCAGCAUCAUGUGACCAGAACUCCAUGUCCUCCAGCCGCACGCAGCAGAUGUACGCCUUCAACUGGAUCCGCAAUCACCUAGAGGAGCAUCCAGAGACCUCACUCCCCAAGCAGGAGGUCUAUGACGAGUACAAGAGCUAUUGUGAUAAUCUGGGUUACCACCCCUUGAGCGCAGCGGAUUUUGGGAAGAUCAUGAAAAACGUUUUUCCCAACAUGAAGGCUCGCCGGCUCGGCAUGAGAGGCAAAUCCAAGUACUGCUACAGUGGCUUAAGGAAGAAGGCCUUUGUGCACAUGCCAUCCCUGCCCAACCUGGACUUACACAAGGCUGGCGAUGGGUGUGAGCUGCUGGAGCCUGCGGGCCAGUCUCCGAGUGCAGAGGAGGAGAUGCGGACAGCGGCGUGUGGCCUGGUGUGUGAGUGGGCCCAGAAGGUUCUGAGUCGGCAGUUUGACCACGUGGAGGAGCUGGCCCGAUUCCUCCUCAACAGCCACUACAUCGGAACAAAGUCUAUGGCCGCACUCACCGUCAUGACCGGAACCCCUACAGGAGUGAAGACGCCCACCCCGGCCUCUGCCUUCGUGCCCACGGGCGACGCCAACCCGUUCCAGCCGCAGAUGAAGACGCUGGCCUCGCCGUCGCCCUCUAUAGACGCCAAGCAGCAACUGCAGCGGAAGAUCCAGAAGAAGCAGCAGGAGCAGAAGCUGCACUCCCCCGUGCCCGUCGACCCCAGGAGGGCCGAGGCAGGGACCCCGGGGCCCCACGCCACCCUGACAUCCAGCAGCCCCGCCCUGCUCUCGCCACAACCAACCAUCGGCAUCAUGGUGGCAGCCGUGCCCAGCCCAAUCACAGUUCAAAGGAAUCGUCAGCCGAUGACAUCACCCAGCCCUGUGGGCGCAGCCGAGGGAAAGAUGGUGCCGGUCAACUUCCAGGUGGUGACGCAGUCGGUCAAGCAGUGCCCCAAAACCCCGCAGAACAUUACGGCAAGCCCUGUGGGCGACCGCCUGGCCCGCCACCGCUACGCCCAGAUCCUGCCCAAGCCGUCGGCCACCAGCGCCAUCACGCUGCGCUCGCCCCCCACCCUGCUGAUCACCAACAGCCCAAUCAAGACCGUCAUGCCCACCUCCCACGUCAGCUCCGUCAACGUGGUGAAGAUGACCACCAUCUCCCUGGCGCCCAACACCGGCGGAACCACCACCCCCACCCACACCCACACCCUGACCCCCGCCCCGCUGCGCCCCGCCUCGGCCCCGCAGGACGAGCAGAACCCGGCCCAUAACGGCCCGGCGCCCAGCCCGCUCCAGUUCCUGGGUGCCGUGAGGGGGGUGCCAUCCUCCUGCGCUCCCACGCCUGGCACCUCCUCCGGGGAGGUGAAGGUGGGAGUGGAGCUUGGUGGUGGUGAGGAGAAGUCGCGCGUCGGCGCGGACGCCAUGGCGGGCCUGAGGAGCGAGAGAGCCACCAAGCACCGGGCCUCCAGUGAGCCCUCGCUGCACGGCAAGGGCCCCCCUGGCCCCGACCGCGUCACAGACCGCGUCACCAGGGCCAAGAGCGACUCCUGCACCCCCCCCAUUGCCCCCGGCGGGGCGGGUGCUACCGGCAGCAGCAAUAACAGCGUGAGGGAGGCGCAGGAGGGGACGCUCUACCUGACCGUGUCCAAUCAGAGCGCCUCCUCCUCCUCCUCCUCCUCCUCCUCCUCCUCCGUCUCCGCCUCGCUGAAGGAGUCCAGGAGCCCGCGGAAGCGAUCCUCGUCCGUGCUGGAGACGCACAUCAUCCCCGUCAAACGGGUCUUCAUCUCUCAGCAGCCCCUGGACAUCUCCGACAAUCUCAGACUCAGUUCCGUCGCCGCCGCGGGGAAGAGGCCCCAGAGGCCCGCUGGCACGCUGGCGCGGCCCGAGAGCGCCCCCUGUAAGGUCACGCUGAAGAGCGGCGCCUCUGCCGUCACUAUGCAGAUCCUGGCCCUCUCCGACACGCCCAUGGGCAGCGUCCCUGCCACGUCCGUCUCCGUCAGCCAAUCACGGAGUCUGCUGCAGGACGAGCGUGAAGAUGACCCCGCCCCCGUCCGCAUCGCAGACGCCCCCCCAUCUACCAGCGCCGCCUCGGAGCCGUCCCUCCUGCAGGGCGUCACGACGCACCCCCAGAUCCGGGACCCCCCCCUGGCGGCGGACACCAAGGCCAGCCUAUGGGAGGGUCAGCCGGCGUCGCUGUGCGCGGAUCAGAAGCUCCUGUCGUCACAGCUUCCCCUGCUGACCCAGGCGGCCCACGCGGCCCACGCGGCCCACGCGGGCGGCCAGCUGGCCCUGCAGCAGGAGAUGGUGGACUUCAGCGGAGGGGGGGCCGCCAGCAUGGACUACUUCCCGUUCACGGACGACGACAUGACGCAGGACAGCAUCGUGGAGGAGCUGGUGCAGAUGGAGGAGCAGAUGAAGGAGCAGAUGAAGCUGAGCAGUGGCCUGCAGGGGGCGUACCUGAGCUGUGUGGACCUGGCCCUGCAGGGCGCGGCAGCCGUGGCCCCCUCCAACAUCCUGUCCCCCCACCAGUCCACCUCCUCCACCUUCUACCACUCUGCACACAGCAGCAUCACCCCUGUGCACACCCCCACCCCCACCCCUACCCCCACCCCCACACCAACACCCACCCCCACCUCCGAGAUGCUCCCGGGGGCCCACGGCUUCACCAGGGAGAGUCCCUGCUCACGCCUGGCCCCCAUCACCCCGGACGGCCUCAUGGGGGGCGGGCGCCACACCCCCAUCAGCACCCCCCUCUCCAACUGCAGCAGCGUGCCCCCGAGCCCGGUGGAGUGCCGCAACCCCUUCGCCUUCACGCCCAUCAACUCCAGCACCACCGGUUACCACGACGGCAGCGUGGUGUCCAGCAGCCCCGUGAAGCCCAUGCAGCGGCCCAUGGCCACGCACCCGGACAAGGCCAAGAUGGAGUGGAUCACCAGUCGCUAUAGCAACACCGCCGUCAGCAGCACCUCGCCCUCGGCCUCCAUCCUGCCCAGCUACCAGGACCUGGUGGACGACCACUUCCGCAAGCCGCACGCCUUCGCCAUCCCCGGCCAGGGCUUCCAGGUGCAGACGCGGCUGCAGGAUGGGCACAUGGGGCGCCUGGCAACCAUCUCCCCCGUGCCACAGCAGCAGGGUGGCACAGCUGCGGCGGGUCAGGGCAAGCAAGAGAGCUUCGCUGUGCCCGCCCCACUCGACAGCAAGCCUGGCGGGGGCCCGGGUGGGGGCAGCACCUUCCGUUGCCGUAGCGUCAGUCCCGCGGUGCGGCAGAGGAACCACAGCGGGACCACUGGCCCCCCCAGCGCCCCCCCUAGGACCCUGCUGUCGUCGCCCUUCAACUCCCCCUUGACCGCUGAAGUUCUCAGCAUCCUGUCCGGCAGCCAUUCGGCGGAGAGCGCCAGUAGCAUGGCGCAGCGCAGCCAGUCGGUGCCGCUCAACGUGAUGAUGGCGUCCGAGAUGCUGCCCAUCUGCGCCGCGCCGGGCCAGCCGAGCAACGCCGCCAAGAUCACCAACGUGCUCCUCAGCAAGAUGGAGGCGGACGGGGACGACUCCGUCCGAGGCCUCGGCGUCAACAACCUGCCCUCCAACUACACGGCACGCCUCAACCUCACGCAAAUGCUGGAGACCAGCGCCGCCUUCCCCGCCGGAGCCGUCGCCAUGGCAACCCAACCGCUGCCCGGCGUCUCCAGCCCUGUGGCCUACGACUUCCAGAAGCCCACGUACCUCACGAGCAGCAGCAGGGCGGAGCAGACCGCCUUCUCGGCCGCCGCAGACGGACAAGCACAAGCACAAGCGCGCUCCUCUGAGCAGAUGCUGGAACAGCAGCCGCUGCUGCAGGAACAACAGCUGCAGCUACAGGAACAACAGCUGCAACUGCAGGAACAGCAGCUGCAGAUGCAGGAACAACAGCUGCAGAUGCAUGAACAACAGCUGCAGAUGCAGGAGCAAAAUUUGCUGCAGGAGCAGCAGUUACAGAUACAAGAGCAGAGCUUAUUGCAGGAGCAGCAGCUGCAGCUGCAGGACCAGACUUUGCUGCAGGAACAGCAGCUCCAGAUGCAGGAGCAGUCCUUGCAGCUGCAGAGUGAGGGGGAGGUGACGCAACAGCCCAUGCUGCAGGAGGAGGUGCAGCAUGAGGAGCACUUGGACUUCAACAGCACGGUGAAGGACCUCCUGGGGGAGGAGGGGCUCAACCCCAGCUCCCAGCUGGUGGGCCAGGUGGCGUCGGAGCUCAACGCGGUCGCUUCCGACUUCUCCAGCGAGCUCCGGCUGCCGGCCGACCUGUCCAGCAGCAUCAGCGACCUGAACACUCUGGACGCGAACCUGCUGUUCGACCCCGGGCAGCCGCAGGACCAGUACGAGGAGGACGCCACGCUGGAGGAGCUGAAGAACGACCCGCUCUUUCAGCAGAUCUGCAGCGACUCGGUCAGCGCCGCCGGCUUCGACUGGCUCGAGAACAAGGACCAGCCGACCGUGGAGAUGCUCGGCUAAACGCCGUUUUUUUUUACUUUGAGUGUUAUUUAUCAUUCUGUUUGUUGGUUUGUUUGUUUUCUUCUGUGAAGUAUCUGUUUUUGUAUUUUUAAACGUGUCUCACUACAGCAAGAUCCUGGACACUUGCUCUUGUCCAGUGUAAGUGCCAGUCAGAGCUGAAGUGGUCUCUUGUCACAGGCUUGUGUUGCCGUCUGUGGCGUUGGGUUUCUAUCCAGUCUGUCCCCAUCUUUCUCUCUAUCUCUCUUUCUCUCUCUCUCUUUCUUUCUUUCUUUCUUUCUUUCUUUCAUUCUUUCUUUCUUUCUUAUCACUGAACAUUUCUGAACUGCUCAUAGCAGAUAACAUAUGUGAUCUUUUAAAAAAAAUGUAACCUUAAGGUUAAGGCCACUGCUCAGAAUAUUCUAGAUAACUGCAGUCUGCGCUUAGUCCCAUGAGCCUCAGCUACGGGACCCAGGACUGGCAGGUGCAGCGCUCUCUCCUCUCGUCCGUCUGAAGCGACACAUCAUUGGCUCUACUACUGUCUGUUGAAAAGAAAGACGUCACUGAAAAAUCAAUGCCUUUAGAACCCUUAAAAAAAUAUAUAUGUAAAAAAAAAAAAAAACAAGAGCACGAGGGUGUGCAGCCUUUGAGGGAAGAGAAGGAGGGGCGCAGGUGAGGUUUUGGGCUGCAGGUGAGGUGGGCCCCAGGUGUAUCUUGGAACUAAAUAGGUGCUACUAGGUGCUGGUAUAAUGAUACAUGAGUAAUUCACAGACCCAUAAACAUUAACCAUAAAUAGAUACCUUUUUGAAUGGCCAUAAUAGAUGGACUGUUGACUAUAAAUAGUGAAGAAAAGUAGUUUUUUUGCUAUGGAUUCUGUUUUGUGAUAUAAUGUGAAACUCUUCUGUAAGGGAAUGGUGCUUGGCUGGGCUGCCUUAUCUCUAAUGUCCAUGGCCUUACUUCACCCGUGGGAAGGCCGUGGGGUCUGAUGUCCACGCCCUUACUCCGCCCGUGGGGAGGCUGUGGGGUGACACUCUCUGGUCCUCCUGGUGUGAUGUAGUCCCAUGCUUAACUCCAUUGUCAGUGUGCAUGCCUACAGACACCGGUUCUGCUGUUAGUGCUAGCUCUGUUGACCUGUGAACUAUUUAGAACCCUAUUCUACUGAGGAGGCCUGUUAGAACCCUAUUCUACUGAGGAGGCCUGUCUGAAGCACACGAGCGCUCGGAUUGGUCAGAUCGUUCUUAGCGACGAUGUGAAAUAUCAGUGCUGUCAUGAUGAAUUCUGAACUUUAUUAAUUAAGAUCUGGAAUAUCAGUGCUGUCAUGAUGAAUUCUGAACUAUAUUAAUUAGGAUAUGAAAUAUCAGUGCCGUCAUGAUGAAUUCUGAACUUUAUUAAUUAGGAUCUGAAAUAUCAGUGCUGUCAUGAUGAAUUCUGAACUUUAUUAAUUAGGAUCUGAAAUAUCAGUGCUGUCAUGAUGAAUUCUGAACUUUAUUAAUUAAGAUCUGGAAUAUCAGUGCUGUGAUGAUGGAUUCUGAACUUUAUGAAGUAAGCUGAAAUCUGAAUGGUAUGGUGAUGCUACAUCAUUAGUUGGCUGGUUUGAAGGCUCCAUAGCUGGUUCUGUACACACACACACGCACAGAUGUGAUGUGGUCAGAGUCGCAGCCUCACACCCAUACCAAAGACAAAGCUGCUGAAGAACAAGUUGAGAUUGGAGUUCACAUUAACUAACUAUCUCAUCCAUGACAGACUGGCUCUGGUGGUUGGAGGGUGGAGAUGACACCAGUCCUCUCCGCUGAGAGUCAGGCCGGGCGAGAGGCACUGAAGUCUCUGUACAGAGUGUAAAGGCAGUCACACAUGCAGCUAUGGACCGGAGAUCAUGUUAGGGAGG